AUGAUGUUGGCGACGUCCAUCUUAUUGAUGAUACUCUUGUUUGACUGUGAAGCAGUACAGUUGAGAAAGAAAAACUUCAUGCUAAGAGACAGCGAGGACGUGGCAGACGACGACCAUUCAAGUCUCGAAGUUGCACCAAGCAGGAAGAUGAGCUACUCGACGGAUUUUUCUCGUAAGUUAUUUUUGAGCACGAUUGACGCCUACAACAAGGAUAUUGGAAGUGAGACAGCCACAAAAAAUGAUUUUCACUUUCAAAUUAACGUUGGAAAUAUCGAAGCAACGCAGGCAUCUGACAUCAAUAAUGCCUUCAAAGCAAUCGAUCCAAUGAUCAUUAUCUUUAGUAACGUGGUAACCGACGGCAGGCAGGACAGCGUGCAGAACAAGUACGAUUGCGCUUGCGUAUUACGUCGCAUGUACCAUAAGAGAAAUAACGAUAUAGAACAGCGUUCUCAGCUUGUGGGUCGCAACCAAACUGGAGGUCGACCUUCUUUCGUUGAUUGGACUCAGCAGAUGCGACCCAAAUUAAGACGCAAGAGAUCUGAAUACAGGCCAGCCUCUUGCACUUGCACCUGCGAAACAAAGGUGGUGAAAAGUUCGGGACAGACGGCUGUCCAGCAUGACAACUACCCAGACCACGACUUGGAUAAGCAUGAUUAUUCAAGCUUUUAUAAUAAGUCCGAUGACGAUGUUCACUGGAAUGACCUGCCGGUGGAAAACUGCUACCGCCGAUCAUGCAAAACAAACGCCAAUUGUUGCCGUGAUUCUUCGAAGUGUGACAAAUCGUCGAAGACAUGCAGAGACUGCUGGAAUGGACAAACUUGUAGAAAAGACAUAGACUGCUGUGCCAAGUAUCCAAUUUGUCAGUUGGAGCACGGCAUAAGUUUCGAAGGCAAAUGCGUAGGCAACUAAUGAAUCAUAUCGAACAUGCCUGCCCAGACUUGAAAGAGCUAAACGGUUUUUAAGUAUUUAAUCAGUGGUACGAGUGUUUGGUGUUUUUAAACAUACAAUCUUUUUAAACAUACAAUCAUUUUAAUAUUUCCAGCAAUUUACUUGCAUCAUAUAUAUAUAUAUAUAUAUAUAUAUAUAUAUAUAUAUAUAUAUAUAUAUAUAUAUAUAUA